AUGGAGGCCAGCAUGGGUGGCCAUGAUACUGCGCUCCAGAUCCUUUUGACUUAUGUGCCGGGCGGCCCACGUGAAGCGGUCCAACGGGCCGAUUUGGAAGGCAAUACAGCUUUACAUUUUGCGAGCAGCAAUGGGAAUUUACUCGGACUGCGAACUCUACUCGCAGCCGGAGCCGACGUAGAACGACGGAACAUUUGGAACUGGACUCCUGCUGCAUACAGCGCCACCGUGCAAUCCGAGGUAUAUCUCAAAGGACUGGUGACUGAGGUCGAGAGGCGGCAGCAGCUGAAGAAAGAAAUCGAAGCUACCAGGCACAAGAAAGCCGGGGCAGUGCGCGUCGUCACUGCGGAUAGCGACGAUGAUUAA